UCGCAGAACGGCCCGGUGCUGGACCGAUGGAGCAUUUGCUCGCCUGAAGAGGAACCGCUGGUGUUGCAGCAGUUCCUCAGGUUCGCCGAGACGCGUCCGUUCGUGCAGCAGUUGCUGCUGGCCGCCGGAACGCCGGGGACGGAUGCUAUGUCACCAAGCAGACGACCUUCGCCGCCGACGAUGCCACUAGCACACCUACCACCGCCGUUGCACCUGCUCCAUUGCGGGCUGCCGCCGCCAGGCUCGAGAUUGCCGCCGCCGAACACCCAUAGCCCGCACAGUCCGCCCCAUCACUCGACGGGCAACCACCUCCAGAGGCCUCACAUGCCACCCGUCGCGCCCGUGUCCUCGUCCGCGCUCAAUUAUGGCCACCCGUUGUCCGUCGCGGUGUCCUCCGGUGCCCUGCCUCCUAGCUUCCCCGCUCACUUCCCACCGCCCCAUAUGAGCAAAACUUCCGGCGGAGUGACGGGCAUCACGGCGUCGGACGUGCACAGCGGCGGCGAGAAGAGCAGCGAGUUCGGCUCCGAGGAGGAUGAGAAGGACGACGAGAACUGGGACAGCGCGCUGAACCUCAGCAGACGCGACGCCGCGUCGAAGCACGCCGCCGAGCACAGACACCAUCCCCCGUUACCUCUGCAGGCCGCCCCGUUAGGCAGGCCACCCGGUAUCCCCGGCAGGAAGCCUCAUUCGCCCGGGAAACGGCCCAGCAGCCAAUGGGGCGCGUCCACGAACAUACCGCCGAACCUCGGCACAACGUUCAUCAACCCGACCACCGGUAAGAAGAGGGUGCAAUGCCUGACUUGCUUCAAAACGUUCUGCGACAAGGGCGCUUUGAAGAUCCAUUACAGCGCGGUGCACCUGCGCGAGAUGCACAAGUGCACGGUGCUCGGCUGCAACAUGAAGUUCAGCUCGAGACGGUCGCGCAACAGACACAGCGCGAACCCCAAUCCCAAGCUGCAUUUGCCGCACCAGCGGCGAAAGAUCUCGCCGCACGACGGCCGUUCGUCCAUGGCGCACGUGUCGGUGUUGCCGCCGCAAGUCGGCUUACCUGUCCCCGCCAUGGGACUGAAACACUUACCGUUCGGCUCGUUCCCCUUGCUGACACCCCCGCCCGACCUGCGACCCCCCACCUCGCUGUGCGGCCUGGACCUGAAACACCUGGACCAGACGAUGCCGUACGACGAGGCGCUGCAGCAGCGAAUGAGCGUGAACGCGAGCCUCUCCUCGACGACCGCGCUCACCACGUCUUUCAUGGCGAUGUCGACCGCCGCCGAGACGCCUAGCACCACCGUCGCGACGAAAGGAUCGUUCUCCAGCGGUAGCGCAGCGGACACCGUGUCGCCGUCGACUCAAGCGUCGACCGCGGUCGCGGAGGGUGAGGACGACGACGACGACGACGACAACGACGGCGGUAUCGUGGUCGUCGCGGAAGACGACGCCAGUAAUCUACCAUCGAGGAUACCGUUGCGCCCCGGAGAGGAGGACGACGAGCAACCCGCCGACUUUAGUCUGACCAAGCGAUCGAAGCUGUACUUCGGCGACGUCGCGGACGAGGAUCUCGUGAGCAACCCCGACAGCAACGAGGACAACGACUCGAUGGGCACGGUCGACCAGCAGAGCUCCUCCAUGAGCCAGCACUCCCUUAACUCGACGUCCCUGCACAGCAGAGGUGUGCGGAAGAGGAAAUCGCAGCAUCCGAUACGGUGCGCGGUUCUGACCGAGCUGCACUCCUCGUCGACCGACGGAGACUCCUCCAACGACGAGGACAGGGUGAAGCAACGCUGCUUGUCCGACAGCGCGAGCAUCACGUCGAUGAACGACUUUCAGAGCGAGCCGGAGGACAUGUCGAUGUCCCGGCUAGAAGCUGGCGAACGGAAAACCUCGCCGAACUCCCCGAAGAAUCUGAGCUUCAACGACCAAGAGUCCAACUCCCGCUCGCCGGAAGUGUGCAACAGAGGAGCGUGGAUGAUGAGCGGCGCCCGUCGCGACGCGGUUACCGCGCAGGACGCCACCGCGGACCACCUACCUCAGGACGAUCCGCGGGAUCUGAGCUCGAGAAGCGGCGCGAAGUCGCCGAAGAGACGGAUGGUUAGUCCCGAACCAAAGACGUCGUCCAUCGAGACGCCGGAGGCUCGCGCCGCGGAGGCCGCGCAGCCCUCCGCGCCGGCCGCGACGACCACGAAGGACCCGUGCGACCCGGGCGACAGGCUGAAGAGCGUAUGCGAAGAGAACGCGACGACGACGAAGGACGAGGAGCCGUCGAGAUUGUCCGUGAAGAAAGAGCCCGCGACGGAGGAGAAAUCGAAGGAGGAUGAGAACCAGGAGGAGGAUGAUGAUGACGAGGAUGAGCAGAUGGAGGAGGUCGAGGAGGAUGAUGAUGAUGAGGAGGUGAACGACGCGCUGCGUAAUCAAGAAGGUGAGCGUCCCGAUGAUUCCUCCCGUGCCCCGAGCUCGGUCGACAGCCGUCCGACGACGGCCGACGACCUCUCCCUCGACCCCUCGACCAACACUUUGCGUCAACUCGAGUCCUUGUCGCAGGGUCGCGCGAUGCAGUAUACCGGGAUGCAGCGGGCGGCUUCGAGGUCUGGCCGCGACUCUACCAGCCCCGUCAGCCUCACGACGCCCCAGGACACCACCAUGGAGAACUCCUCACGUGGCUUUCGUUCAUCCAGCGCCUCACCCUCCACAGCGGCCAUGGAUAUGGACAAUAGUCUGAUCACCUACGCUCGUUACGAGAACGGCGGCUUUGUCAGCACCCAGGAGGUGCCGUUGGACCGGGAGAAUCCGCGACGCUGCACCGCCUGCGGCAAGGUGUUCCAGAAUCAUUUCGGCGUGAAGACGCAUUACCAGAACGUCCACCUGAAGCUGAUGCACAGGUGCAGCGUGGACGGCUGUAACGCGGCGUUCCCAUCGAAGAGAUCGCGGGACAGACACUCGGCGAACUUGAAUCUCCAUCGGAAGUUGUUGUCGACGUCGUCGAGUCCGUCGUUGUCGUCGAGCCUGCCGCCUAGCAUGUCCCCGCGACUGGACGAUCCCCAGAUGAACCCCCUGUUGCGGAACGAGUUCCUCGCGAGAUUGUACGCGGACGCCGGCAUCGGCGCGCUCGGCGCCUAUCCGCUCACACCGGGACUACCGUCGGCGGUCGAUCUGGCGGCGAGAAUACCGCUACCGCAUCCUCUCCUCUUGCCGCCCCACCUAGGGACCACCUUCCCGGGCCUGUCCUCGUUCGCCUCGCACCUGGCCGGACUCAACGGGCUCACCCAUCAGCACUUGAACCAUCUCACCAGGAUGUCCCAGGAGCAGGGCAACAGGCACCCUUCCGGUCCCGGGUCCCCGUUGUCCCCGCCGGGCUCCGAGGACCGAAAGGAGGAGGCCAGGUGUACGAUACCCGGCUGCGACCGAGUGUUCGGCUCCAGGGCCGUCAGAGAUGCCCACUCGAGGGACCCACAGGCUCACCGCGAUCUACCGGUUCUGUCGACCAGCGGUUCGUGACCGAUCUCCUUCUGCGGCCGCGACUACUACCCCCUACUGUGAUGCCAAAAUUCUGACGAUUCAGACCGAUCGCCAAUGAUCUCGAUUAGGGAGGGUCGGUGGGAGGCAGGGCGGUCGCGGCUCCAGCCGAACAUCGACCCCGUGGUUCGACUAUAAACGUGCAAUAUCGGACGGGACGCACCGCGCGGCGUGCGCCGCUGGCUACCACGUUGACAGGGUUCGCGAUCGUAACGCCUUCCGCACCGCGAGGAUUCGAUUCCGGUCGCGUAACCGACUGCAGUGCAGUUCAGUGAUCGAGAAACUACUAUACCGAGUCGGACGGCCGACCGAAUAAUCUCAAUUUUCGUUUCAUUAAUUUCUUUUCCACGGCUUCCCCUCCAAACGCAUCGCGUCCGAUCCUGUUGUCUUCAACGAUGAGUUCCUUUACAGCCGGAGCGUAGUCGAUCGAUCGUUGAACGGCUCGUUGGACGAUCGAGACGGCUCGUUCCGUCUGCAUAAAUUCAGUACAAAUGCGUUCCCCUUUCCUCCUCUACGUCCUCUCCUCCCCUCACUUCCCCGGUUCAUCUUCAUGAAACUUAAGGUGCUCCAAUCUAGUCAAUUCGGAAGUCGACAGCAACGAUGCUGGAGUCGAAAAAUUCAUUCCCCAUCGUCCGCAGCUGCGCUGGUCCUGAAUUCCGACGAUGUUUCUCGGUUGAACGUCCGCGACGCAAUGCAAUAGAGCCUGUGUAGAGACAAGACUGUUCGGAUAGCUGGGAUAUUCAUGCUAAAAGGAAUCCACUUGUAACGAUGAGCACUUGGCCGCGCGAAUUAAUUGUCAAUAAGUAAAUAAAUCAAAUUCGCGAGUCCUCGGGGAAUUCGUCGCGGUUCGAUGAACGAGUCGCGUGGAGCGCGCGGUUCCGCGUGGUUGCCGUCCCGUUCCCAGUCCGCGUGUCACGAAGCAGAGUAGAAAACUGGUCGACUGAAAAGGUAAAAAGCACUCGUUUACCCGCCUGAAUCUCUCCUGUCGCUGGUAAUUAAUAGGAGGAAGAGGGGGCGACGACGGGCGGGCGGCGCGGCGGCCGAGGAGAGCAGGAUCGGAAAGAUCGUACGAACGAUUCCGGUCUUCCGGCUGAUUUUAUCAUCGUUGUGAUAACGUAACGUUUAGUAAAUAUGCCACUAUUUAAUCAGUAAUCCAAUUGCUACCGCUGUAUAUAUAAACAUAGUACCUUUCGAUGUAUCGCGUAAUCUAAUCAAUUAAGCUAUCGACGCGACCGACGCGACACGAGAAUCUCGGGAUACGAUAGUUUUUGUAAAGGCGAGCCCCGAUCCGUGCGGAUCGGUGAAACAUCGACGAGGGGUGGAAGAAGGUGAUCGAGAGAGCCGUUGGCGCGUUCACCGCUUGGGGGGACGCCAUUUUGUUCGCGCAGCUCCGGCCGACAUCGUAUUUCAUCGACGGAACGACCACGAUCGUCGUAUCCUUGAUUCCCGAACGAACCGAUCGAAGCGGAGAACAUCGAAUCGCGAGAUCGUCGGGACAGAGGAGUUCGACUCGAGUCGCGACACAAUGGCGGCCCGAUUCAUUGGCGUACCAACACUGAAUGAUGCCCAAAAUAUAGAUACACAGCCGGUUCCUGUGAUUUUCAGCGUUCCCUUUUUUUCGAACGCGCUGUGAACGCGGCAAGGUGAAUCGGACGAGUAGAACACUGAAACUGUUUUCGGAGCGAGAGCGAUGAGAACGGAGCCGAUUGAUCGUCGAGCGAAGCGAGUACGCGGGCACCGAUCGACCCACUGAACGAAAUCAAAGUGACGGACGUCGUCUCGCGCUAGAUAAAUGAGAAUAGAUAGAUUUUAUUUAUUGUUUCCUAGGGAUCCUACACGACACACACUUGUACCAGCGGCCAGUAGCGGGCACUGCCGCGGAGACUUCCUUUUCUCGUAGAGUCGAAACGAUCGCGAACGCGUCGAGCGGAACUGUUCAAGGGACGGCGGACCCGUUCGCCGAUUUCCUCGUCGAUUCUUCUCUUCGGUUGUACAUACAUUGUAUACCUUAUUUUCGUAGCAUGCGCGUCGAUUUUUUUCUUUUUGUACGGCCAGGAAUCACGAACACAGGGACGAGAACGGGAGGUGGAACGUUUUUUCUACGCGCCUGAGCCUAAACUGAUUUUACACUCCCGCCUCGGCGUUUAAGGCAGCUCGCGACACACGACGAACCCACUACUAAUUACACUCCUAAGGGCGAACCAGAUUUACAAUUGUAAUUAUGUAUAAACGGAAUGCUAUGAUGUAUGAUAUUAUAGAUCGAUUAUAAAGAACAUUCAUCAUUAUGAAA